AUGGUUAGUUUGCAAAUAAAGGAGGAACGAACUUACCGCCUGCGGCUUUCAACUCGGAGUGAGAUAGCCCAAGGAUGUUUAAUUAAAGAAUAUCACUUUGACUGCAGUUUGGUCACAUUUUUCAAAGAAAUACACUUCACCAACUCGUAUUCAAAACGUGUUUCAGCCCAACUAUGCUAUCUAGAUAACGAUACAGAGGAGCCCAUAUGGGUGGAACUUUUCGAAUUGGAGUUGAUGAAGGAUCCUCACUCUUCUUCCGGUUCGUGUACCGACAUCAAAAUAUCACUGCCUCCAACGUUUGUCACUGUGAAAUCCCAGACACGUCUACUCAAGUUAUGUUUAUUAUUGCAGCAACCGUCCCCAAUAUGGAAAGAAUUCACAAUAACAAAUGUGAAAUUGUUCGACGAGUAUUUAAAUAAAGCAAAUCAAGAGAAAACAGGGACUAGUAAAGGCACCGACACCUGUCAAGUGAAUGACGCACAAGAUACCCUUGUAACACUUUGCAGUUUUAUCCAGUAUAAACAAGGAACGCGAAGUUUCGAGAUGGCGAGCAAAACAGAUAUUUCAUCUUUAGCUGAUGGACACUUUGAAACCACUUGA